AACGAAUUCUUCCUGCCUGCCGCUGCCUGCGUGCCUGCUUCCCUCAAACAAGCCAAGCCAAAAGCCAGCUCACAUGUCAUGUCAGCUACAAGCUAGCCGCCAUGCUUUAGUGUAGCGGGGAGGUAUUUAUUUAGCCUUUAUGGGCGAAUUCCCGUCCAGUGUAUGGAUUCCUUGAUGGUCUCACGGUUAGUUGAAAAUCUGAAAAUGGCAAAUCUGACCGACUCUUGUAAAACGCCGAAAUCAGAUAGCUGCAGGUCGGCAGAUGAAAGCGGCUACUCUUCAUCGUGUACUCCAUCAUCCAGCUUUGGAGGCUGCUGCUACAGACUCUCAUUUAGCUAUACCUCUUCAUCAGAAGAGCGACCUUCGACAUGUUGCGCAAGGAACAGGAACACGCAUGAAUCAAUCAUUUUUCCUUCUUGCAAAGCUACUAACAACAAACAUUCGGACCCUUUGGAGCUGCUGAACUGCGAAGGCUUGCUCGACAAUUAUUUGCUCAAGUACCUGUUACCGGUGGAUCUCAUUCAGUGCUUGAGGGUUUCAUGGCGCUGGAACCGCAUUCUGAAGAACAACAGGAUUGCAGUGGAGAAAAUGAAACUAACAACUCCCCGCGGAAGCGAAAAUUUAUUGGUGCCUUCGGAAGUGGCAGAAAUCAAACGUCAACACAGACAUUUUGGCACCCCUCUGAACUCCCGAGCUCCGUUCAGGCAGCCCGACUUCUCCUCGCCGUCGCCCUUGCCGGUCUCGCCCUCCAUAAUAACCCGGAUCGACCGUUUCGAGGCUUUUCGACUGAUGGGAAACGGUCUGCUCAGUGGAGAGGCGCAACUUGCGUGUCCACUGUGCGACCUGCCGGCCAGGAAAGAAGGCAACGAAAACGUGGGAGUGUGCACCAACUGCCAGUGCCGGUUUCGCUUCUGCCAAAACUGCCGAGGCGCGGAGCACAGGAUGUCGAAAUGCCGCCUGCUGCUUACUCCGGAGAAGCUGAUAGGAGCUCGGCACGCAUCCAGAAAACACUACGUUAAGAACAUGAAGAGACUGAACUGGAGUUAGCGUCCACUUGCCUCUUGUUGAAUCGAAUUCCACUUGCCAAUUGAUGUACUUUUAAUGACGAGGAGUACCUCUGUUUUGUAUUAACAUUUUUAUCAGGAUGCUCUCUGAACUGUCCCAUGACAAGUAUUGUUGUAUAGCUUUUAAAACCGUGCAUCACAAAUGAAUAUAUACGGCCCUCCAUUCAGCAUUUAAUGUGGAGCCACAGGAACAGACUUCUUGUUGCUUUUCCUACCUACAUUUACUCUCUCUCUAUAUAUAUACGAAACGAUGCAUUUAUGAAAUGCCCUGUGAAUCUCAUUUUUCACCAGAUGUGCAUUUAUUGGUGUGAAUAUAUAAUAACUAACACUAUCUCUGAUUUUUAAGUAGAAUUAGUUUAGUAUUAAGUUUGUUUCAUCAGUAUUAGGAUCUGAAUUGUGCUUAAAUUAAUUAGUAAAUUGAAUGCGUGCAUGAAAUGAGACCAGUACUUGAAUUGGCAUAUUUUAAAUCAGUACAAUCAGUCAAAUUCUUUGUCUGGCAUACGUGUCUUAUUAUAUAAGUAAUGAUUCAAGAAAACUGGUCAGUAUCAGCUCGACAAGAGUGCGUUACAAUACUUUAUUAAUAAUUUAGUAGUUUUAUAAGCCUUUCCAUGAGAUCAAAUUAAAAGACUGUAAAUAAUUGUAUUCUUGUAAAUUUUGUAAAUAUAUUCAAACUAGGAUUAAAAUGUUCAGUUAAGAAAAUGAACUAAUAAAA